AAAAGUUACCAUUAGAAAAAGAAAGAGCCAAACAGGAUGAUAAAUUCUCUUUCUUUUCCUCAUCUCUUUCUAAUUCUCUUUCUUUUCAUCAUCUUCUUUUUCCUCUCUUAGGUUAUGCUGUUUGUUAUUUGUUAUUCUCUGUGUUGAAAUUUUGUUCACUUUUUGCAAGCAAGUUCAACGUUCAUCCAUUUACCUUUAAUCUUCUUCUUCUUCUUUCUAAUUAUCUGAUUUACUUUACAAUUAAUUCAAUUGUUAUUGACCAUCACACUUAACCAAUUAUCACCUGUUCACCUUCAACCUCAAUCAGAACUUAGAUGUCAUCUUGAUUAUCUCCUUUUACCGGUCAUCAUCACUUACAUCAGAAGCACUUUGUUCAUCUUGAUUGGCAAUUUGUUUUGUUUUUUUUUUCUAAUUCUGUUGAUAGACUUUUACAAUCACAAUGCCAGUUAAUUUCGAUAAAUAUCAACGAGAUCUCGUUUCAUCAUGGAAGGAGGUUGUCAAUGAAAAAAGUGAUACUAGUUGGGCUGUGUAUGGUUACGAGAAUCAAUCGGAUUGUCUUGAAUUGGUUGCAAGUGGAAAUGGACUUGAAGAUUUGGCUGAUCAAUUUUCCAUUUCUCGGAUCAUGUAUGCCUUCUGUAGAUACCAAUCAGCUAAUUCAGAUCUUCCAAAAUACUUCAUAAUCAAUUGGCAAGGAGAAGGAGCUCAACCAGCUCGUAAAAUGACCUGUGCCAAUCAUAUCAACGAUGUUGCCAAAUUUUUCCGUGGAGCAAACAUGACAAUAGAGGCAAGAAAUGAAGAUGACGUUGAACCGACUAGUAUAAUCAAAAAAUUGGAAAGAAUUUCUAUCCAUUCAUUUAACCUUAAGGAGAGAUCGAUUGUUGAGAAUGUUAGUCCUGUCGGUACCAAUUAUAAAAGGAUUCAACCACAGAAAGAGAUCGAUGUAGUCAAACGGGAAACUUUUUGGAGUAAAGUACAAGAAGAAGAUAAUAAAAGACGAUUCGAGGAGAAAAAGCGACUUGAGGAAGAGAGAUCAGCUCGAGAGAAAAUACUUGUAGAAAGACAAUUAGAUGAAGCAUCUGAAGAGAAAAUCACUAUAAUCAGAUCAACGAAAACUGAGAUCAAAACGGAAAAAGACAUCAGAAAGGAGUUUGAUCGAUCUAAAAUAGGAAUAAGAAGUGUCGCCGAUAACCAAUGGAUUAAAGUGAAAGACGAUGAAAUCGCAAACGGUCAAAAUAAUGGAUCAAACUCUGAAGAAGCCAAAGCUUCCAGUUAUGUUAAAAGUCGAGUUGAAAGUUUCAAGAAAGCGUUCGAAGAAGGUAAACCCCCGAUCAUGGCCGAAAAACCUUUAAGAAAAAUUCGAGAUCCCCUAAUAUUAUCUAAACAAAAUUCUAACAAUGAACCACAAGAUAUUAAAACUCAAUCCAUGCACAAAACCACCGAGUCCAGUGAUCAACAACCUGCUCAAAAUUCAGCCGAUCAAUUAAAUGAUACAUUUAAAGCGAAAGUUAAAAUCAUUGACGAAAUUGACCAAGAAGUGAGUGAAAAUAAAGAGAUAAAAGAUUUGAUGAAUGGAAAACAACCGUUGGAAAAAGAGACUCAAGUUUUGGAGACACUUAAAGUGGAUAAAGAAUCGACACCAAAAUCAAAUUUGCCUUCCAAAACUGAACAAACGCUCAACGUUGAAUCAACUGUUAUCACAACUCCAUCUCCUGAACCUGGACUUGAUCAUGGUGAAGAUAAUCUGAACGCUGAAAUUCAUGAGACUGAAGAAGAGCUUAAUGAUAAGCAAUCUGAAGAUAUACUUAAUGCUGAAGAAUUGGAAGAUGAGGAGUUUGAUGUAUACAAAAUGUGGAAACCAAGUGAUUUAGUUUUCUCAUCAACUAAUCUUGAAUCUGAUGAGAAUCAUUAUUUCACCGUUAAAUCUUCAUAUCUGGACACUUUAGAAGAUAUUGCAGAAGAAGGUGAGGAAAAUGCUGAAGAAGAAGAAGAAAAGCCAACUGAACACACGGAGGAACCUGAAGAUGAAUCAGAAGCAGAAAGAAAAUUCCUCGAAGAAGCCGAGAAAAAGUUCCCUAAAUCUGAGUAUGGGCUACGUGCACGUGCUUUAUACGAUUACCAAGCAGCUGAUGAAACCGAAAUCACUUUUGAUCCUGAUGAUAUAAUUACUCAUAUUGAACAAGUUGAUGUUGGUUGGUGGCAGGGAAUGGCUCCCGAUGGAACCUAUGGACUUUUUCCAGCUAAUUAUGUUCAACUAAUCGAAUAAUUAAUUGCCCAUCUCAAAGUUCCUUUUCCUUAAUUUGCUUUACCGAUUGAUCUUUCGUAACAAAACAAUUUUCUCUAUUAUUUCUUUUCAUCCUCAUCUUGUUGCUCUCUCUCUCUCUCUCUCUCUCUCUCUCUCUCUCUCUCUUUCAUCCCUUUUCCUGUUUUACUUAACAAAAUCCUUCCUCUCUUAUUUCUAUUAAUUUAUUUGCUAUUUUGUUUAUAAUUUAAUCAUAUUCCUUUUUGCAGCGAUCGUGGUGAUUAAUUGCUAUUAGUUGAAAACAAACCACCACUUUGACAAUUAGUCUUAAGCUGUUAGUUCCUUAUCAUCUCAUAUACUCAAUCUAAUCUUCUCCCUAUCAAAAGUUUUUUUCAAUCAUUCGAAAACCUCAACUAUAUAAUUUAUCAUAUUUCACGCAAUUCAAUCAGAAUAAUAGAAGAUUAAUCCUGAAGAUCUGAAUGCUCCAUAAUCGAACCAUGUCAAUGAUAAGUUUCGCACAUUUUGCAAUAUUUGCUGCUCACUUGUUCCUUUCUCUAUUUCUCUCUCAAUCUUCCUAAUCCUUAUUUCAUCCACAAAUCAACUCUAAUCUCACUUAUCCAUUUUUUAAUUUCCAUUAUUUUCCUUUUCUUCCUCCCAUGAUUCACUUAAUUAAUCGUUUCCUUCGUCCUUUUUUUAUCUAUUGUAUUUUGUUUUACUUGUUAUCAAUUUGCUUCAUCCACCGAUCAACUCGUUAAAACAAAUCCAUUCACCGAUCAAUUCGUUACUACAAAAAAAAAACAAAACUCAUUCACUAAAUCAGAUUUGUUUUCUUUUUCAGGGUAAACUUGAAACUACUUGUUCCUUUGCAAUAAAGUUUUACUCUGUUGAGGUAAAAAUAAAUUAAUAAUUGACAAGACGAAAAAA